AUGGAGGACAGAACCCCCGGGGGCCCAGCUCCAGCCACCGCCCUGCUGAUCCGCGAGGUGAGGGUGCUGCGUCCGGGGCAGCCCUGCCAUGGCCUGGGGCUCUGGUUCGAGGGGGGCCUGGACAGCUUGGCGGUGGAUGCUAACUUCGUCAUGGCAACGGGCCAGGCGCUGGCGGAGGCCUGCCAGAUGGAACCGCGGGAAGUGGAGGUGGCAGCUGCAGAGCUUCUGCAGGGACGCGAGGCCCUGGAGGGCAUGCCUGGUGCCCAGGGGUGGUCGGGCCUCGGGUCCUCCCUGGGCAGCCUCGACCAGCGUGAGGGGCUCCCAGGAGACCCUGAUUCCCCGCAGGCCAUGAGGGCCCCGGCAUCAGCGUUGGCCCGGGGCUGGCGAGAGUGAGGGUGGGGGAGCUGGAGUGGGAGGGUUUAGCCCAACUCAGCAGCCUCGAUGGACAGAGGAUGGGCUGGGGGGCGGGCAGGGGGGUCAGGAAACACAUCCAAGGUCAGCGGGCAGAAGGUGAAGCCCGCUCUGCUCACCAGCAAGCUGCCGUGAGUUGGGACAGAGCUUUCUGUAUCGUUCAGGAGGCCUGGUCAGUGCCGGCAGGACAUUAAAGUCUCCAGGCCUG